AUCAGAAGUAGCCAUUCAUUCAGGUGUACGGAGCCGCUCUGCAAGACCUCUGCGUUCCUCCUUUGAACUGAGUUUGCGGCCGUUCUGGGAAACAUGUUCCUGAGCGACCAGCUGUGUGGGAACGGGACGUUGUCAAAGGUCUGAUCUGACCCCACCUGGAGCAGCUCCUCCGGUUUCACUGCGGGAAUCCUGAGUGCGUCAGAACAGCUGGCCCGUAACCCGCCACGGCUGCCACAGGCGGGGGAAAUAACGUUCAAAAGCGGCUUAAGGAGAUACUUUUAUGAUACACAGGGAUUGAGGAUUUGGUGGAAUAUUUGUGCAAGCUCAAUCUAGGGAGUACCCGGUGUGGUUAUCUCCCUUCGCGAUGCAAAGAUGGCGAACCUGCUCCCUCCCCCAGGCAUUGCGGUCUUCCGCCCGUUUACCCAGGAAUCACUGGCGGAAAUCAAGAGGCUUGCGGAGGAAAGGAAGAAAUCAGCAGAAGCAGAAGGCCAUGGCGAGGGAGAACCAGUGGGGCCACACCCUGAUCUGGAAGCUGGAAAGAGCCUACCCCUAAUAUAUGGAGACCCUCCUCCAGAGUUGCUCAACACGCCGCUGGAGGACCUGGACCCCUUCUACAAAGCCCAGAAUACAUUUGUCGUGGUCAGCAAAGGGAACACGAUUUACAGGUUCAACGCUGAGCCGGCUUGUUACAUUCUCAGCCCCUUUAGUGUGAUCAGGAGAGGAUCCAUCAAAAUUCUCAUACAUUCAUUAUUUAGCAUGUUCAUCAUGAUUACCAUUCUGUCGAAUUGUGUGUUCAUGACGAUGAGCAACCCACCAGCAUGGAGUAAAACUGUGGAAUAUGUUUUUACAGGAAUUUAUACCUUUGAGGCUACAGUCAAAGUGUUAUCAAGAGGUUUCUGUAUUGGUUCUUUUACAUUCCUUCGAGAUCCAUGGAACUGGCUGGAUUUCAUGGUGAUCAGCAUGGCCUACAUUACUGAGUUUGUUGACCUUGGCAAUGUGUCAGCUCUCAGGACAUUUCGUGUACUUCGAGCCCUGAAAACAAUUACCGUAAUUCCUGGCCUGAAGACCAUAGUGGGGGCUUUGAUCCAGUCGGUGAAGAAAAUGGGGGACGUCAUGGUCCUGACCGUUUUUGCCCUUGCAGUCUUUGCACUCGUUGGCCUCCAGCUUUUCAUGGGAAACCUGCGUCACAAAUGUGUGCAAUGGCCCAUUCUGAUGAAUGACGUUUUCAACACUACCAUGGCUGUAAAUGAGUCUAUGUACUCCAACAGUUCUUUUGAUUUUACUGAAUAUAUUGAAAAUCCAGAAAAUCAGUAUUUUACAGAAGGCAGCAAAGAUGCUCUGAUUUGUGGCAACAGCUCUGAUGCUGGAAAGUGCCCAGAAGGAUACACAUGUAUGAAGGCUGGAAGGAACCCUAACUUUGGCUACACCAGUUAUGACUCUUUUGGAUGGGCCUUCCUUGCUCUGUUCAGGCUCAUGACACAGGACUUCUGGGAGAAUCUUUUCCAGCUGACUCUGCGAGCAGCUGGGAGGACAUACAUGCUGUUCUUCGUGGUGGUCAUCUUCCUGGGCUCCUUCUACCUCAUCAACCUCAUCCUAGCUGUGGUAGCCAUGGCUUAUUAUGAACAGAAUCAAGCAACUCAACUGGAGGCCAUCGAAAAAGAGGAAGAAUUCCAGCGGCUUUUAGAACAACUAAAAAAUCAAGAGCAGGCACAAUUUCAUGGAAGCCAAGCCACCGUGACCAGUAAGAAGUCUGUGAGUCAACACACAUUAUCUGAGACGGAAGAUAAUGGACAUGGUCUCAAACAGGGUGAGGCUGUGAAUGACUGCAAUGGAAGAGUUGUUCCUCGCUUGAUGAUUCGAGCACCCACUAUGCAGGAGUCUGCUGUAGAUUAUGAAGUCAAAGAGAAGUCACUGGGCUCGAUGCACAGCACACUUCAUCUGGAAGAACCUGGCUUGAAAAAGAGAUCUGCUAGUGCUGCGACAGUGCUGUCUGCAGUUGCCAUGGAAGAGUUGGAGGAGGCUCAGAGACCCUGUCCACCUUGCUGGUACAAAUUUGCCGACAUGUUUUUGAAGUGGGAUUGCUGCCCCACCUGGAUUGUUUUUAAAAAGUGGAUGCACUUUGUGGUCAUGGAUCCCUUUGUUGACCUCGCUAUUACCAUAUGCAUUGUGCUCAACACCCUUUUUAUGGCAAUGGAGCACUACCCCAUGACCCCAGAGUUUGACAACAUGCUCUCAGUAGGAAAUCUGGUUUUCACUGGGAUCUUUGCAGCUGAAAUGUUUUUCAAGCUUAUCGCCAUGGAUCCCUAUUACUAUUUCCAAGUUGGAUGGAACAUUUUCGACAGCAUUAUUGUAACUCUCAGCCUGGUGGAGUUGGGUCUGGCAAAUGUCCAGGGUCUAUCAGUCCUAAGGUCAUUCCGUUUGCUUCGUGUCUUCAAACUGGCAAAGUCUUGGCCCACACUCAACAUGCUCAUUAAGAUUAUUGGUAACUCAGUGGGAGCUUUGGGGAACCUGACCUUGGUGCUGGCCAUCAUCGUCUUCAUUUUCGCUGUAGUGGGCAUGCAACUCUUUGGAAAGAACUACAAGGACUGCGUAUGCAAGAUCUCCUCAGACUGUGAGCUACCACGGUGGCACAUGAAUGACUUCUUCCAUUCCUUCCUCAUCGUUUUCCGCAUUCUGUGUGGCGAGUGGAUCGAGACGAUGUGGGACUGCAUGGAGGUGGCUGGACCUGCGAUGUGCUUAAUCGUCUUCAUGAUGGUCAUGGUCAUUGGAAAUCUAGUGGUAUUGAACCUCUUCUUGGCGUUGCUGCUCAGCUCAUUCAGCGGAGACAACCUAUCAGCAGGGGAUGACGAUGGAGACAUGAACAAUCUGCAGAUUGCUAUUGGGAGAAUCACACGAGGCAUCGAUUGGUUAAAAGCAUUUCUCAUACAGCGAAUCCAGCAAAUACUUGGUAAAAAGCCCAAAGAGCCGGAUAAGGACAUGGUGGACGAUGGAAAGCCUAAAACCGAGGAAAUGGAAAUGAAUCAUUUGGACGCCUGUCUGACUCUUAAAGUAGCAGAGGGGAUUUCAGAUGGACCGGUGCAAAGCCAACCCUCUGGAUUCACGGUGGAUGGAGAGCUCAAUCUGAAAGUCCCAAUCGCUGAAGGAGAAUCAGAUUAUGAUAAUCUGAGUGAUAAUGUUGAUGAUGAUGAUGAUGAUGGUGAGCAGGAUGAUGAAGAAGAAGAUAAUGAACUUCCAGAGAGUGCACUGCGGAGAGAUGAUGAACAAAACACGAAAAACCUUGAAGAUGAAAGUAGUAUCCCAGAGAAAGUAAAAUAUGAUGACGGGGAUUCUUCAGUAUGCAGCACAGCUGAUUAUCAGCCUCCUGAGCCUGAACCAGAAAAGAAGGAAGAAGAGGAACCGGAACCUGAAGAACCAGAGGCCUGCUUCACUGAUGACUGUGUGACCAAAUGGCCAUGUUUGACAGUGGAUACCACCAGUGGCAAAGGCAAAAAAUGGUGGAAUCUUAGAAAAACUUGCUUCACCAUAGUGGAACACGACUGGUUUGAAACCUUCAUCAUUUUCAUGAUCCUCCUUAGCAGUGGGGCUCUGGCCUUUGAAGAUAUAUACAUAGAAAGGCGACGAACCAUCAAAAUAAUUCUUGAGUUUGCAGACAAGAUUUUCACCUACAUUUUUGUCAUUGAGAUGCUCCUGAAAUGGGUUGCAUAUGGUUUCAAGACCUACUUCACCAACGCUUGGUGUUGGUUGGACUUUUUCAUUGUGGAUGUUUCCUUGAUUAGCUUAGUUGCAAAUUGGAUGGGCUAUUCUGACCUCGGUCCUAUAAAGUCGUUGAGAACCCUCAGAGCACUGAGGCCUCUUCGAGCGCUAUCAAGAUUUGAAGGCAUGAGGGUGGUGGUGAAUGCUCUUGUUGGAGCGAUUCCCUCCAUCUUCAAUGUCCUGCUGGUGUGUCUGAUUUUCUGGCUCAUCUUCAGCAUCAUGGGAGUCAAUUUGUUUGCGGGGAAGUUCUACCGUUGCAUCAACACCACCACAGAGGAGCUAUUCCCCAUGACUGAGGUCAACAAUCGAACCGAGUGCUUGGCACUUGAAGAAGCCACACAGGAGGCUCGCUGGAUUAACGUCAAAAUCAACUAUGACAAUGUUGGGACAGGCUACCUCUCUCUGCUUCAAGUGGCAACUUUUAAAGGUUGGAUGGACAUAAUGUAUGCUGCCGUGGACUCAAGAGAGGUUGAGGAGCAACCAUCCUAUGAAAUCAAUCUUUACAUGUACAUAUAUUUUGUGAUCUUCAUCAUCUUUGGUUCCUUCUUCACCCUAAACCUCUUCAUCGGUGUCAUUAUUGACAAUUUCAACCAACAAAAGAAAAAGUUUGGAGACCAAGACAUUUUUAUGACUGAUGAACAGAAAAAAUACUAUGAGGCCAUGAAGAAACUCGGUUCCAAGAAGCCACAAAAGCCAAUUCCACGACCAACGAAUCCGGUCCAGGGCAUUGUGUUCGAUUUCAUCAGCCAGCAGUUUUUUGACAUCUUCAUUAUGGUUCUAAUCUGCCUCAAUAUGGUGACCAUGAUGGUGGAAACAGAUGACCAAAGCCCAGAAAAAGAGGAUUUUCUCUUUAAAUUAAACGUGGCCUUCAUUGUUGUCUUCUCUGGAGAGUGUGUAUUGAAGCUCUUUGCGUUGCGGCAGUACUUCUUCACCAAUGGAUGGAAUGUUUUUGAUUUCAUUGUGGUCAUCUUGUCAAUAGCUGGUACAAUGCUCUCAGACAUAAUUGAGAAGUAUUUUGUAUCCCCAACUCUCUUCAGAGUGAUCAGACUAGCCAGGAUUGGCAGGAUUCUGCGCCUCAUUAAAGGAGCGAAGGGUAUUCGGACACUUCUCUUUGCCCUAAUGAUGUCCCUUCCUGCCCUGUUCAACAUUGGUCUCCUGCUUUUCCUGAUUAUGUUCAUCUUUUCCAUAUUUGGCAUGUCAAAUUUUGCCUAUGUCAAGAAAGAAGCUGGAAUUGAUGACAUUUUUAACUUUGAGACCUUUGGUGGCAGCAUUAUCUGCUUGUUUCAGAUUACAACCUCUGCUGGUUGGGAUGGGCUUCUACUUCCAAUGCUGAACAGGGAACCUCCAGACUGUGACCCUGAAUUUGAGAAUCCAGGCACAGAUGUAAAGGGUAACUGUGGAAACCCGGGGAUGGGUAUGAUGUUCUUCUGCAGCUACAUUAUUGUUUCGUUCUUAGUGGUGGUCAACAUGUACAUUGCCAUCAUCCUGGAGAACUUCAAUGUGGCUCAAGAAGAGAGCGGUGAUGCACUUUGCGAGGAAGACUUUGAGAUGUUCAACGAAACUUGGGAGAAGUUUGACUUGGAUGGAACAAUGUUUAUUGAGUACAGUCGACUUUCAGAUUUUUGUGACACUUUGCAGGAGCCUCUCAGGGUCGCCAAACCCAAUCGGCUUUGUCUGAUUGGAAUGGAUCUGCCUCUAGUUAUUGGGGAUAGGAUCCACUGCUUAGAUGUUUUGAUGGCUGUUACACAGAUGGUACUGGGAGACACAGUGGAGAUGGCAGCAAUGCGGGAUAGCAUUGAGGCUAAGUUCAUUCUUAGCAACCCCACAAAAGACUCCUUUGCACCAAUUACCACAACGGUACGCCACAAGGAAGAGCAACAAGCUGCUGUGGUCCUUCAACGAGCUUAUCGUAAUCAUCUUCUGAAGCGCUGCGUACGCCAUGCUGCUUUCAUGCACAGAUUGAAAAGAAUUGGUAGAAAUUACAACAAUGAUGAUUCACCUGAAAAAGAGGGGCUGCUUGCACGAAGACUAGGAGUUCUCUAUGGAAGUAAUAUAGACCUUGCUGAUGAAAUGGAGCUUGAGGCUUUAGAAACUCUGACAAGCCAAGAACCUUUUAAUACAGACUGUCUUCAGGAGCCUCCUGUGCAGAAUAUGAUUGUGGUUCCUGCUGAAAUAACCAGUGAGGAGUUAUUGCAUUCUGCCCCUUACCAACAUCCCUUAACCUUACAGGCAAAUCUGAGAGAGCCGCUUGUAUGACAAACUGAUGACGUAGGUGUUUCCCCCUAUUUUAUAUCAAUGAACAAAGCAACAAUAUUGACACAAAUGUUCACAAAUUUCCCACUUUAUAAAUACUUAUAACAGCUUAGACCUUCCUGCUACCUACCACUUAAAUACUGGUUCCGGUUUAUUAAAGACUUAUUCAGGUUAAAAACACAACUGAAGUUACUUGUGACAAUAAUCAAUGAAGGAAAAAAUAAAGUCAUUCAAAAUUAAGUUCUGAACUUCUAAAGGAAAUCAACAAGUUUAUUAAAUGUAUCUUUACCUUUAGACUUCAAAUAUUUUUAGUUAUCUCUGUAUCUCUGUGACACCAGUCUGGACCAUAAAUCUCACAUUUAAUUAUACUAAAUAAUUUUAAAUCUUAAAAAGCUGUUGUCUAAAUGACCAGGAUUGUACACCAAGGUAUGGUCUCAAUUGUUUUCCAUAUCAAAUUUAACUCUAAGAUUGUUAAAAUUAUGCUUUCACAGAAAGUUUAAAACUGCCGUCAUGAAUGGAUGAAAUGAUUCAAUCGUUAUUAAGGCUGUUUUGCUUUUCUUUAUGUCCCUCUUUAGCUAUCUUCUUUGCAAUACUUGCAUACCCAGAAAUAGUUAGGUCCCCUAAAUCUUAAUGUUUAUUCCCACCACUUUCAACUUUUAGAAACCUUAGACUUUCUAAGUUUCUAUUCAGCAACUAUUAAGGUUCAUACUCUUGCCUUAAAACAACACAAGACAACUUCAGUGUGAGAACUGCUAAUGUCCAAUAGUUGACAGAUCCAUAUUUUUCCUGCUUAGAAUAAAGGGGAUUAUUGCAUUGUUUCAGAUUGGAAGUUUUAAUUUUACAAGCUUCUGGUCAUCAAAAUCUGCAAGAAAAAAUCUCAAAUUCUUUUGUAUAUUUGUAAAUUAGUAUGUAAGAAAAAAAGAUAUGCACUAUUUAAAUUCUUUACAUGUUGAACUUAUUACAGUUGUCUUAAACUAAAAAGAAAAAUGUUUUCUUAAAUUCUUCAGACAUAUGCAUCUGUCUUAUAAAAUGCUGUAUUGCUUUUGUUUGAUCUGUCCUUAUCCAAAAAGCAAUUGAACUUAUGGCAGGAUAAAGGUUUAGAAACUGUCUGUAAUUGUGAUGCUAGCUAUGUUUACACAGUGUUUAAACUGCUAUUCAUUUAAACCCAUUCAGUGUUUAUGAGCAAUACUUUUAUGAAGAUACUUUAGUAUCUGUUGUACAUUUGUAAAUACCCUCAGCUGCAGACUUUGUCUAUAAAACUUGAUAUUUUUAGAGUUAUGAAACCUUUUAUGCAAAACAUGCAGUCAAUGUUUGGCUUAGUCAAAUUUUGACUCUAAAAUUAAAAGAAUACAUUGGUUAAAAAUUACAGCCACAGAGAAAUAUAGGUGAAUAUUAGAAACACUAAAAUUAAGAUCUGAGCAAAGGUCUUCAGCUUCCCUUUAUUGGUUCUUUGUUUUUUCUUCAAAUAAAAAGGACAAACUUUCUUAUAAUUUUUGAAAAAGUGAUCUCAAUAAAUAGUUUUCCAGACCUUUUUGCCAUACUAAGCCCAAAUCUAAAAUUGUAUGUACUUAUCUGUGUCUUUAAAGGAUCUGUCCUCAUGUCUGUCCUAAUGUGAAAAUGUCACUUGUGUAAGUCUUAACUGAGUUUCAAAUGUCUUACUGCAAACAUUUGUCUCUGUGCAGAAAUCUUAGGCACUGUGAGUAAAGUACUGCUGUAAAUAAUUUUUAUUCAACACAUAAAAUACAAAAAAAAAUCAAUUGUAACCAAAAAAAAAAACAAAAAAACAGUAAAAGGUGUUUUUAAAUGUAGACAUAUUACAAAAUGUCCCAAAGUAUUGUAAACGUGGCUAUUUCUCUAGUUGUCUGUUGUGCCUAAGACGUUCUCCAGUGUUGUGUAAACAUGACUAAACUAUGCACUUUCAGAGUUUAUAACUUUUGUUGCUACAGUACACCACACAAAUCCCCACAUGUUCUUAUUUUUAUUUUAUGUAUUUAUUUAUUUAUUUUGUUUAAGUAUUUAGCUUGUUUAACAUUAAGGCUUGGUAGAAAAUCAGAAUAAGCAAAGGGUAUAGUUUUUCCUUUGAGGGGCCUUCUGUGAUACGCUAUCUGCAACAUUUAAGCUUUGAAAUGUGACCCCAAGCUUUGCUCUUUGAAGCUGAGACUCUGCUGCAGCUUGACCCCGUAGUCUUCCGUGAUGAUUUGGUGUCAUUCACUGUGGCCUCUGUUUACAUUUCUACCGAGAGAUAAAAAACAAUCUCAUGGUAAAUUUUACAGCUACACCCAAAAUCAAUCAGUGCGUUUACUAAUUUCUUUUCUUUCUUCUUCUGUAUAUUUUUAUUUUCUUAUUGUAAAAAGUGUUAGAAUAAAAAGUUUAUUUUAAGUUAAA